AUGGCUCCUGUCGCUAUUGAUCCCCGCAUUGUAGACGUUGCACCGCCCAGGAAAGACACUCUCGGUCUUCCAGAGCCCGCGCGGGCCCGUUUGGAGAAGGCAGGAAUUGAUCUGAGUGAUGGCUAUCCCUAUAGGCCCUCUCGUCCUCUGUUUACAGACGAUGUUUACAAUGUCCGCAACCACGAUCGCCCACAUGUAGACCCUGGUACUCGGGCCGACCCCAAGAAGAACGCGCUCCUAUCUGCGGCAACAGAAGUGAUCCAUCUCACACGACAUAUUGGCACUGAGAUUGUGGGUCUCCAACUCAAGGACCUCACAGAUCAGCAGAAGGAUGAGCUUGGUCUACUCAUUGCGGAGCGGAGCGUCGUCUUUUUCCGGGAUCAAGAUAUUUCCCCACAACAACAGAAAGCAUUGGGAGAGCAUUUCGGCGAGAUUGAGAUUCAUCCACAAGUGCCCCAGGUUCCGGGAGUUCCCGGCGUGACUGUGAUCUGGCCAGCACUCCAAGCAACCGAGAACCCAGCUAGUUUCCGUCGGCCAGGAGGAUCAUCUCGAUGGCAUACCGAUCUCGUUCAUGAGAGGCAACCUGCCGGAGUGACGCACCUCCAUAACGAUACUGUGCCGACGGUCGGAGGGGAUACUCUCUGGGCUAGUGGAUACGCAGCAUAUGAGAAGCUGUCACCGUUGUUACGCAAGUUUAUUGACGGCAAGACGGCUAUUUACCGGUCUGCUCAUCCUUACCUUGAUCGCAGGAACCCCGAGGCUGGCCCCAAGUAUGUCGAACGGGAGCACCCCGUUGUACGCGUUCAUCCGGCUACAGGAUGGAAGGCACUUUGGGUGAACCGAGCCAUGACCAGUCGCAUCGUUGGUCUGGACAAAGCCGAAAGUGAUGUGAUUCUGGGAUAUCUGUUCGAUGUCUAUGAGAAAAACCCGGACAUACAAGUGAGGUUCAAAUGGAGCCCGCGAGCCAGUGCACUGUGGGAUAACAGAAUCACCAUUCAUCAUGCGAGCUGGGAUUAUGAAGGUUCGGAGCCCAGACAUGGCACUCGGGUGACUUCGUUGGCAGAGAAGCCCAUAUUCGAUGUAGAUGCACCAACUCGACGAGAGGCUCUAGGGUUGUUAGGACCUGAGGAGAUUGAAGAGCUUCAAAAGCUCAGCCAGCUAGAGAUUAAGUGA